AUGGUUCAAAUUAAACGCCGUGCCAUCCGCAUCGCGUUGCAUCUCCAGCAACCCGAAUCUCUGCGUCCAUCAACAUCCUCUUCUCCUUCUCCCUUCCUUCUGACUGCACCGCUUGUGUCCGCGAAGCUGGGGGAUACCAUCGCAGCGUUGUACGGGACAGAAGGCCUCGUCUCCUUCUCCACUGUCGACGGUGAGAAAUUUCCUCUUUCGUCAACCCUGCGUGCUCGUUCUCGAACCUACCGCGCAGUGUCCCCAGUUCGGUGUCCCUCCCUUUCGUUCCUCCUGCUUGCAGUGGUGUUUAUCGAGCGUAACAGUGUAACCACUCGCUUCAUCGUGCGCUGUACCCGCUCGUUCCUUCCUUGCAUGCGCACGGCCAUCGCUGCCAUCCGUUCCAUUCAAGAUUGUCCCGUCUCUGCAGCCAUCGAACACGUAUCAGGGGGUUGGGAAGGCAAGCGGGACCUGACCAUUGCAGCUUAA